UGUCAAUGAGACAAACCAGGUUCAUUUCCCACGGCUGGUGAUGGCGGAUGUUGUUGAAAAAGAUACAAUGAAGAAUUACCGCAUAGCGUCUGAGAAGAUUGACCCGGAGAGCGGUCGCUUCCCUUACUGUGUCGUGUGGACACCCAUCCCCAUGCUGUCAUGGCUGCUCCCAUUCAUUGGCCACAUGGGAAUCUGCACUUCCACCGGUGUCAUCCGGGACUUUGCUGGACCUUACUUUGUCUCUGAGGACAAUAUGGCUUUUGGAAAACCAACAAAGUACUGGAUACUCGACGUCAGCAAAGUCCACGCUAGUGGCUCCAAUGCCUGGGACACAGCGGUGCACGAUGCUUCAGAGGAGUACAAGCACAGGAUGCACAACCUCUGUUGCGACAACUGUCACUCGCAUGUCGCCAUGGCUCUGAACCUGAUGAAGUAUGAAAACAGCACCUCGUGGAACAUGGUCAACAUCUGCCUCCUUGCUCUGAUCCAUGGGAAACACGUGAGCUGUGCAGGCUUUCUGAAGACCUGGCUGCCUUUCCUGAUGUUGAUGGGCAUCAUCCUCACGGUGACCCUGGCUCUCCACCUGCGGUGACCCGGGGCCCAGCUGAAGGACGCAGUGGAAGCUCUGCAGGGCGGAUGUGGGCUCGCUGGUUUCAUCGUUGAUGUAGAGGGAAGUGACGGACCCCCCCCCCCCCCCGCCCACAAGUACCAGGACUCACCUAAUGGAUUGUGAUUAUUACAACGUGCACGUUGUGUAGCUGCAUUGAUCGUCGGGCGGAGGGACACCGCACAGGCGACGUCUCACAGGGGACACAGUUCAUGCCUUGCUUUCAGAUAUUUCUGACGUUUUUUAACUUUACUUUUACUUCAAGGAUGCCAUUUUGAUACCGGGGAGCACAAACAUGUUAAAUCAACUGGAUGCCUUUAUUGGGAGUUUAUUGCAUUUCGUGCUUGAAGUGCUGAAGCUCUUCUACAGUCCUGCCUCUUAAAGCUAAACAUGCCACAGCCGUUUGUAUUUUUGUGCAUGUUCACAAAGGUCUUCUUGACGGCCUGUUGUACAUGCGUCGCUUGUAUCACCUCAUGGCACUACUUUUAAGAAGUUUACAGUAAAUGUUUUAACUACAGAUCACUAGUGCAACGGUCAUAGAAACCUCAAUGAAUGCCGUUGUGAAAGAACAGAAUCGCCCACCUUUUGGGAGACCAGCUCAAACUGUGUCUUUUGUAUAUCUAAUGUUGUUUGUUUUUUAAUGUUUAAACUUCAUUGGUGAGCGACGUGAAAGCCGGUCGAUGUCACAGGUUAUGAAAGCCGGUCUGAUCUCUUUGCACCACUUGAGAGGAUUUAGUUUUUCAUUACACAUUUUGACUUUGAGGGAAGAAGCAAGACUCCGUGCCUGAACACCCCCACUCACGCAUCCGUCUCAUGUCCGUUCAUCUUUGCCACCUAUUUAAGAGCAACUUUGAUUCCAAUUGGUCGUUGUUACUCUCGAUCCGUUGCCAUGGCCGUCGUAAGUAGAUUCCAAUCCCUUCUGUUUGCAGUCAGACAGAAAGUGUUGAGCCCCUCCUUUUGUCCCGAGCAGCAGGUAGUCGGGAUCUCAGGUUUUUCACACUCGUCAGCCCCCUGUUGAAUAUCCUCACCCCCCCCCCCUCCCUCCUCCUGCUCCCUGCUGUUCCCCUCAUCUGCAGAUCACAGUCGACUGUCAGCGCUCUUUGAUGGAGCUUCUGAUACAACGAGGGCAAAAAAUUAGAUAUAAUUUAAGUGUGAUCUCAUAGAUGAAACCGUAUGGAGGGUUUGUUUUUUAGCGCUAACCGGCGCCUCUGUUGAAAGCAGCUUCUCUUUGGCCUCUUGUGCGUGUUGCCAUCUGAUGUGCAUUAUCCCGUUUUACACCAGGUGCUCUUCAUGAACUUUUUAAACUCGAUCGCUCAAUCUACUUAUUUAUCCUUUUAAAUCAUUUUGGGGUGUUGUUCUUUACUCCACAUCUGUCGUCUCUGCUCAGCCUGCUUAAGUUAAAGUCGAUUUCAUGAAAUAGCCUCUGCUGAGUUUAGCUACAAAAUCAGCAAUUUUUUCCCCCGAGCAUUUUAAGUGGGGAAACGGGAAAGAGAAGGAGGCUCUGCCUUUAAUUUGACUGGUGCAUUCACGCAAAUAUUUCGUGACGUAUUUCAUGCCUUUAUUGUAAAGAAUGUUCGAUGUCGAACAUUGAAGGGAAGCAAACAGCCUUCUGAGAGAUGUAACUAAAAGUAGCAUGUGUUUAAAAUAAAUAUGCUCAUUAUGUUUAAAAUAAAUAUGGUCAUUAUGCCGGAAGACACGUUUGCGUCUCCUCCCAGGCUUUGAGAAUGUGGUUGUGUGGAAAUAAAUAGAAACGGAGACAUGAAAACCCCUUUUGGUUCUCUGCAAAUUGCUCCAAAUGUUGUGAAAUGGGAGACAAACCGCUUCAUUGGUUUUCCUCAUUCGUUUGAAGUUUGAGCUAUGAGAGGUAAUGAAUGAAUGGACCAAUGAGAUCAGCACAUAAAGCUCACAACAUUGACAUUAUAGCUGCUUUGGAUGUAUAAAUAUGUAUAUUUUAGGACCAGAAAUAGAAAUUGUAAAGAUGAACAGCGUACCGAUCCCUUUACUGGAGCGCAAGUGCAAAAUUCAGCUUCAGAUCAUUUGAAGGGUUUUAAAUGUUUUGUGCCGCGGUGCCUCGUAUCCAAGAGCCAGGUCCAGGAAUGUGGAGACCUGUGGAUCGAGUGGACAAAAGACCACCGGGAUGCUAUUAUCAGUCCCACCAUCCAUAUAUACACCAGCCGGCAAUUUCAACAACCCUCUUGUUUCUGUAAUCCCCAAAACACCUCUUUAAUGCUGCAGGAUCAUUCGGCCCACAGGGACAGGAAUGUGUUUAUCACUUACAGCUAUAAUACAAUAAAGGGGUAGAUUAUU